GUACCCAGUUCAACAACAGAAACAACCAACCGCUGCUUCACCGUUGUCAGCGGUGCCACGUCUGGUGAGACGAUGCUCGGGACCUUCGAGGAAGCCCCCAACAAUCAUCCAGGUGUGCAAGCACACAUCUGCCUGCCCACGCAUCCAUGAAGAAGCGACUUUCCACACCCGGGUAACACCAGUACCCAGGAUGCUUUAGGACAUGUGUGGCAUGGGGAGUGGUUGUUCUGCGAAUGAAAGGGUACCCGCGCCCGCCCAGUUAAAAACGCCACGCCCAGAAAGAAAAUCGCCGUCUGGACUCACCCAUAUUUGAAUGCACCGCGUGUUGACGAGGCCAAACCUGCCACAAGAAAGAAAAAGCCACUUAUGCACCAUGUUGAAACCAAGUCAACCUUCAUCCAGCGUCAGUCCUGGCAGAUGGUGUGUCACUCCGGCCCCCCUGACAGGAGGGGCCAUGCCAACACGCCAAUACCUGGAUUGA